AUGUCAUUGGCAAUUGUGCACCCGUUGCUGCUGCUCCACGUGACCGACCACCAGACCCGCGCGGGGCAGGACGUUCGUGGCGGCGUGCUGGGCGUCUAUGACAAAGAGACUGACACUUACUCGCUGUUUCUCGGGUUCGAAAUAGACACCAUAGAGGGCUUGCAAGAUAGAUUGCAGCUGUUGCGGCAGAUCUACCCGCACCUGUCGCUGCUGGGCACGUACCGGGCGGGCGAGACGCCCGAAUUGGACCUCCCCACAGUGACCAGCCCUGUGCGACUGCAGCUGUUGCGCGAUAGUCAGCUGGCCGUCGACGUGGACGGUAAGAGCCUCCCUUUUGAGAUCAAAGCUACAUCGUUCGAACAAACCGCGCUGGACACUGUUUCUGCGGCCCAGGUGUCACAGCACUCGGCCGCAGAGAUCGCAGCCGAAACGAAGACCGACAUCGACGCCGUGCACGCACGAAUCAGGAGCGUUCUAUCGUUCCUGAGAACGCUGCAGUCGCGCGCACCGUCGCCAGAAGAGUACGCAAAGCUCCGCCAGGUCAACCAGCUGUGCAUCCAGAUGGCCCUGCUCCAGAACACCCCAGACCAGCCGUCGCUGUCGCCCACCGUCAUCAACCUGUCGCUGCUGUUCGACGCCGUGCGCAAGCUCGACAAGCUCGAUUACGUAACCCAGCACAUUUAG